GAAAUAGCAAUUGCCUUGCAAGGAGAGAAUACAUUGAGGAACCUUUUCUACGAAAAGCAUCAGUUGGUGAAAUUACAAAUGGAAUCUACAACAUAUCAUUCCGAAAAAGCAGGAACAAAGAAAGAAAACAGUAGAAAACAGAUUGGUUUGACCUCAGAAAUAUUAUCAACAUCUUGCAGAAGCCGAAAUAAAUCUCUAAAGCAGAAUACAAUAAUAAAGGCAUCCUUUGUACUGCUGAAAAACAUUAACCGUGGAAGGAAAGAAAAGCAUGAUUAUUAUUUAACGGCUCCACGUGGAAAGCAGUUGGCACCACCAACACAGCACAAGAAGUUUCCAGCUUUUAGAAAACUGCAAGUCGCACUGUAUGACAUAUUGGAUAAAAAUUGUGUUGCCACGCUAAAGAAGUCCUUUCAAAUUUCAAAUGUUGGAGCAUUGGUAGAAAAGGAAAAAAAGGACACAACAGAGAGGGGCACCACAGAGGUAGAUAACUCUAUGGAAGUAGGGGAAUUUUCUGGAGAAUUGGACCCUGGGCAAACAAAUUCAGAUUGUGACCUUAGAAAAUCAAUUAGCAGAAUGAUCUUGACUGAUAAAAAAUCUCAUGAAGGAGACAGAUGCCAGGUAUCUGAACGUCUCUCAUCAUUUUCAGAAAUCAAUCUUAAAUUAGACCUACAGACUCUAAUGUUGAACAAGAGUGAAAUUAAGCUGCCAAUAAAGGAAAUGAUGGGUCUCAGUCUGAACACAUUAACUGAAAAGGUCCGUGAAGAUCAAACGACCCUGGAAGAGGAGGAAAGUAAUACCAGGAAUAGCAGUAAAAAUACAGAGAGAUUUUGGUUCCUGCUAAAAAACAAUGAAAUUCGAUAUGAUGACGCUCCGGUGUGUGUAGCUGAUGAAAAAAUGGCUGGAGAUUUGGUUUGUAGAGAUGAUGGCCUUUCAGAUCACAGUGCUGAAUGUUUACUAUCAGAUGGGAAUUUAGCAAAUCAGACAUAUCCAGAUGAAAAUGAUGGAGCCUUCAUACACACUGAGAUCAAAAAAGCAACAAUGUCAGUUGAAGACCAGGAAGUCAGUUUCUUCAAUGAUGAAAAAGAAAAUAUG